CGACAAGCUCAACCAAAUUGGAAGAUCUGAGUUAUUUAGAUGGGCAGAGAAAUGCUCCUCUACGAACGUCAAUUAGAUUACCGUGGCACAAUACGGCUGGAGCACGAUUUGCUCCCUAUAAGCCGCAAGACAUUUUGUUGAAACCCCUAUUAUUUGAAGUACCAAGCAUAACAACAGACUCUGUGUUUGUGGGAAGGGACUGGCUCUUUCACCAGAUAGAAGAACACUUGAGGAACACAGAACUGGCAGAAAAUCGAGGAGCGGUUGUUGUUGGAAGUGUGGGAUUUGGGAAGACGGCAAUCAUUUCCAAGUUGGUGGCACUUAGCUGCCACGGAAGCCGUAUGAGGCAGAUUGCUUCCAACAGUCCUGGCCCAUCACCCAGAACUUCAGAUCCAGCCCAGGACCUUCCUUUCACCCCUUUGCUUUCACCGAGUUCUACAAGUGGCCCCAAUGCGGCUAAAAUGCCUGCUGGGGCUGGGUCUGGUACUCCUGAAAACCCGAGACCAAGAGAGGAUGCGGCGAAAUACCUUGCUUCUAAGGUGGUGGCCUACCACUACUGCCAGGCCGAUAAUACCUACACGUGCCUGGUGCCCGAGUUCGUGCACAGCAUCGCGGCUCUGCUCUGCCGGUCCCAUCAGCUGGCCGCCUACAGAGACCUUCUCAUCAAGGAGCCACAGCUGCAGAGCAUGCUGAGCCUCAGGUCCUGUGUGCAGGACCCAGUGGCAGCUUUCAAGAGGGGAGUGCUGGAGCCACUCACCAACCUGAGAAACGAGCAGAAAAUUCCUGAAGAAGAAUACAUUAUUUUGAUAGAUGGCUUAAAUGAAGCUGAGUUUCAUAAACCCGAUUAUGGAGAUACGCUUUCUUCAUUUAUUACCAAAAUUAUUUCUAAAUUUCCUGCCUGGUUGAAGUUGAUUGUGACUGUAAGAGCAAAUUUUCAGGAAAUUAUAAGCGCUCUGCCAUUUGUCAAGCUUUCCUUAGAUGACUUUCCAGACAACAAAGACAUUCACAGCGACCUGCACUCCUAUGUCCAGCACAGGGUCCACAGCAGCCAGGACAUCCUCGGCAACAUCUCCCUGAAUGGCAAGGCCGACGCUGCCCUCAUUGGGAAAGUGAGCAGCCACCUGGUGCUGCGGAGUCUCGGCUCCUACCUGUACCUCAAGCUCACCCUGGACCUCUUCCAGAGGGGACACUUGGUCAUCAAAAGCGCCAGCUAUAAGGUGGUGCCCGUGUCUCUGUCUGAGCUCUACCUGCUGCAGUGCAACAUGAAGUUCAUGACCCAGUCCGCCUUUGAGAGAGCACUUCCAAUCCUAAACGUGGCCCUCGCCUCCCUCCACCCCAUGACGGACGAGCAGAUUUUUCAGGCGAUUAAUGCCGGCCACAUCCAAGGGGAGCAGGGAUGGGAAGACUUCCAGCAGAGGAUGGAGGCCCUCUCCUGCUUCCUCAUUAAGAGGCGAGACAAAACCCGCAUGUUCUGCCACCCAUCCUUCAGGGAGUGGCUCGUCUGGAGAGCAGAUGGUGAGAACACAGCCUUCCUGUGUGAGCCCAGGAAUGGACACGCGCUCCUGGCAUUCAUGUUCUCUCGACAGGAGGGCAAGCUGAACCGCCAGCAGACCAUGGAGCUGGGCCAUCACAUCCUGAAGGCACACAUUUUCAAGGGCCUCAGUAAGAAGACAGGGAUCUCUUCAAGCCAUCUGCAAGCCCUGUGGAUUGGUUACAGCACCGAGGGCCUGUCUGCCGCCCUCGCCUCUCUCAGGAACCUCUAUACUCCCAACGUGAAGGUGAGCCGUCUCCUGAUUUUGGGAGGGGCCAACGUGAACUACAGGACAGAAGUGUUAAAUAAUGCCCCAAUCCUAUGUGUCCAGUCUCACCUGGGCCAUGAGGAAGUCGUCACUCUGCUCCUGGAAUUCGGCGCCUGCCUGGAUGGAAUGUCAGAGAACGGCAUGACUGCCCUGUGCUACGCGGCAGCUGCCGGCCACAUGAAGCUGGUGUGUCUGCUGGUCAAGAAGGGGGCAAGGAUGGACCACUUGGAUAAGAAAGGCCAGUGUGCACUCGUCCACAGUGCACUGCGGGGCCAUGGCGACGUUCUCCGGUACCUCCUGAACUGUGAGUGGUCAGCAGGCCCUCCCCAGCCAGGUGCACCAACGAAGAGCCAAGCCCUGCAGCAGGCACUGACGGCAGCCGCCAGCAUGGGCCACAGCUCGGUGGUCCAGUGCUUGCUGGGAAUGGAAAAGGAACAUGAAAUAGAAGUCAAUGGCACCGACACAUUGUGGGGAGAAACAGCCCUGACUGCUGCCGCAGGAAGAGGGAAGCUGGAGGUCUGCGAGCUGCUGCUGGAGUGUGGAGCUGUGGUGUCUCGGACGAACAGGAGAGGGGUCCCACCUUUGUUUUGUGCAGCACGCCAAGGGCAUUGGCAGAUUGUUAGACUGCUGCUGGAACGCGGCUGUGAUGUGAACCUAAGUGACAAGCAGGGCCGGACGCCCCUCAUGGUGGCUGCUUGUGAAGGGCACUUGAGCACCGUGGAAUUUCUUCUUUCAAAAGGUGCCACCCUUUCUUCUCUGGACAAAGAGGGUCUGUCAGCGUUAAGCUGGGCUUGUCUGAAAGGUCACAGGGCAGUGGUCCAGUAUCUGAUUGAAGAAGGAGCCGAGAUAGACCAGACAGACAAGAACGGCCGCACUCCCUUGGACCUGGCUGCCUUCUACGGCGAUGCCGAGACUGUAA